AUGGCGUUAUAUCUUAUCAGUUUUAAAUAUUUCUGUUUAGUCAAUACAGCUGCCAAAAAGGAGGAUGGCGUGUCGACUGUUGUAGUAUGGCAUAUUGUUGUGACGUUGGUGUCUGCAUUUAUUCUUGGAAUACUCUUUUCCUACAUUGUCUCGUGUUCUCGUCGUCGUUGGCUUAGAAACAGAAACCCUGAACCAAAAACAACUGAAGUUGAUACAACUUAUCAAGAGCUUGAUCUUUCAAAAAUGAAUACAGAAGAUAAUUAUCAAUCGUUGAGAGUGAAUGCUACAAAUAAUGACACUGCGGUUAAUGACGAUGAAUCUAAUUAUACUGAAUUGAACAAAACUACAGAUGUGGAGAACAACUACGAAUCUUUAACUUGA